AUGCAACAGAUAAUCUCUGCAAGUGAUAGUCCCUUUUUCCAAUGGACUAAUCAAGUUCCUAUAUCUUUUACCGACUGGAAAUGUAUUCUAUCGACAAUAACAACCAAAGAAACUUCAAAACUAUCAUCAUCUGAUCAACUUUGUCGAUCAACAACACAAAUCACUAAAUCCGAUCGACAAUCAUUACCACGAAACCAAGUUUUUGGUGAUAAAACAGUGGAAUCAUUCAUUGCUUCAUCAUCAAAUCUAGCUCAAUCAUCAAUUAGUAUUUCACGACAAGAUGUGCCAAAAAUACUUUCACCACCAACAAAACGUUAUGUUUCUUCAUUUAAAACAAUCGUCAGUUCAACAAAUAGCAAACCAACUCAACGAUUAAAUAGCGUGAACAAUAAUGUUAUGAUACUUAAAGUACCUAAAGAACAUACACAUAACAGUGCAAAUACCGGUUCACCCUUUUCAAGUAAACAUUCAACAUUAUCAAUGGCAACAACAACAGCAACAAUAAUGUCUACCAAAUCACAACAGCAAACUCUUUCGCCAUCAAGAUUAAGUCCAAUAUUAAAAGUUGAAGGACAAAAACGCCGAAUUGUACAUCAUGAAUCUUCAGUAGCUACUCCAUCAUCAAUUGACUCACUUGUUGGUUCUAAUCCAACAAAUCAAAUGGCGACGAGUGCUAGCGGUCAUCCUCAAACAAAUUCAACUGUAUUCACUUAUCGAAGUGCAGCAGCAGGUGGAAAUACCAUUCGACAACGGGCAAUAGCUGAAACAACAACAAAUAGUAUGUUAAUAACAACUGAAAGACUUAAGUUAAAUAUGUCUUCAGCAGUGCGUUCAACACGACAAUUAUUACCCGCGCCCACAACCAUUGCAUCUACUUAUGUAUCAUCUCAACAAACACAAAGAAAUCAUAAUCAAAACUCAAAAUCACGUACACAACAAGAUAAGUCAAUACAUUCUAGAGAUAAUUUUGAUUAUCCUGAUCCAUUUACUAAUUGUCCUCAAGAAAUAUUAAGUAAAUUAGCACAACUUACUAAACUUCAAAUGGAAACAAUUGAAUGGGAGAGGAAAAAACGAUUUACCAAGAAAAAACCAAUAACAAAUGGAGCUUUUCAAGGGAAAGAUAGUCCAUAA